AGAUAAGUAGUGUUUAAAACGAGCGAGAAUUUUACAAUGGAACAGAAGUAUACGAGGUGUUUUCUGUGCAAUAAAAUGAUUUGGAUUAUAAUUAUCACCGGAUUUCUAGCGGAGCGACACGUAAUAGCAGAAGAAGCAAUCCUCAUGGACACGCGAACAGCAAUAUCGGACAUUGGUUGGGCGAUGUCUCCUGGAUCUGACUGGACAGAAGCCAAUGGACCUCACCCUGAUGGGAGGGAUAGAAGAAUGUUGGUAGUUUGCCAGAUUAAGAAACCUCACCAGAACAACUGGGCACGAACUCCGUACAUUCCAGUGGACGGGGCGGAAAGAAUUUAUGUCGAAUUUGAGUUUACAAUAAGAUCAUGUGAGGAUGUACCCAACGUAGCGACAUGCAAAGAAACUUUCAAUCUGUAUUAUUAUGAAACUGAUCGAGACGAAGCUACAAGUACAUUCCCACCAUGGCGGGAAGGGGCUUACAUAAAGGUUGACACAAUAGCUGCAGACAAACGGUUCAAGCCUGGAUCUGCUGAGAGAAAUUUUGAAACUCGAGACAUUGGACCUUUAACUAAAAGAGGAGUUUAUCUAGCUAUACAGGAUACUGGUGCAUGCAUGGCUCUCAUGCACGUGCGCGUGUAUUACAAAUACUGCGCUCCAACCGAAAGUAACUUGGCCAACUUUGGCCGCACAACAGCUGGUCCUUACAUGGCAUCGUUGGUGGAAGCCAAUGGAACUUGCGUCGAUAAUUCGUUAGCGGACAACGACGACCGUGCAACAUUUCGGUGUAACAGCGAAGGUGAAUGGAUUGUACCAAAGGGUUCGUGUCUUUGUGAUCGUGGAUAUGGACCAGAUUAUACAAGCACUUCAUGUCAAGAGUGCGGUAGGGGUUUCUACAAGUCAAGCGUGGGGAACGGUGGUUGCGUUAGGUGUCCUGCAUACAGUGAAUCUCAAUCCGACGGCUCAACAGAGUGCCAAUGCAUGCCCGGUUACUACAGAGCGUUGUCCGAUGACGCAGCUAAACCAUGCUCACAACCCCCAAGCAAACCUGUAAAUGUAUUGGCUAUCGUGAACCAAACCAAGAUAACUUUAACAUGGGAGAGGCCGUUUAACGAUGGCGGUAGGGAUGAUAUAACAUACAGGAUUGAGUGCCAAAGAUGCCAGGUCGGCUUCGACCAUUGUGCCCCAUGCCCUCAGGGUGUGGACUUCGAGCCCCGGCAAAGGGACCUCGUAGUUACGAAAGUCGUCGUCAGGGAUUUGAGCUCUUAUGCUUAUUACCGAUUCAAGAUAUUUGCUAUAAACGGGGUUACGUGGGUUGCGCAACUUAGCCCCUCAGAAGUCGAAUACGCCGAAGUUACCGUAGAAACCAACGAAGCAGCACCGUCCAUGGUUCUCGGUGUUCGAGUUACAGAUCUCAGUGAAACCUCAGCCAUUCUAACAUGGGAUACACCAGCCAAAGUAAACGGUCUUAUACGAAGCUAUGUUGUAUCACUGGGGUUGGUGUACCAAGGCCAAGUCACCGAUAUCAGGAUGUUUAAUUCAACAAGCAAGAGGAGCAUGAGGCUGGAUGGGUUGAAGCAGAACAACAUGUAUGCUGUCAAGGUUCGGGCUUCCACCGACGCCGGGUUCGGACCCUACAGCGUUCCCCUAAAGUUCUCACCACUUGAAUCUACUACGUCAUCACCGAAUACAAACGACCACGUGGGUACGAUUCAACUUAUCAUUGCUGUGAUUGGUGGAUGUAGCAUCGUCAUCGCUAUCGUGCUUAUAGUGUUCUGCUGCAGGAGAAAAUCUCACCAAAACAAAUCGAAACUAGACAUGGAAAAGUUGCCAAUGUUCGUUAUGGGGCAUCUUAAGAAUGGCAGCAUUGGCUACAUGCCGGGUCAUAAGACCUACAUUGACCCCACGACUUAUGAAGAUCCUGCAAGAGCCGUGCUUGACUUUACAAAGGAGAUUGACGCUUCUUAUAUCGGUAUAGAAGAAGUUAUAGGCGGAGGAGAGUUUGGAGAAGUCUGUCUUGGACGCAUGAGGUUGCCAAACAGCAAGAAAGAACACGACGUAGCCAUCAAGACAUUGAAAGCUGGCUACAGCACUCAACAGAAGCUUGACUUCCUUGGCGAGGCUUCGAUCAUGGGACAGUUCGAUCAUCCGAAUGUCAUCAGGUUGGAAGGAGUUGUCACGAAGAGUCAACCGCAUAUGAUUAUCACUGAGUACAUGGAGAAUGGAUCACUGGAUACUUUUCUAAGGAAACACGAUGGUGAAUUCACAGUGAUUCAAUUAGUUGGAAUCCUCCGCAACAUCGCAGCUGGCAUGAAAUAUUUGUCCGAUAUGGGUUACGUACAUCGGGACCUUGCUGCGAGGAAUAUUCUGGUCAAUGCACAACUUAUUUGUAAAGUAUCCGACUUCGGGUUGAGCAGAGUUUUAGAGGAAAGCUCAGAUUCAACGUACACUACAAGGGGCGGGAAAAUUCCGAUCCGUUGGACGGCGCCAGAGGCAAUCAACUACCGUAAGUUUACGUCAGCAAGUGACGUAUGGAGUUACGGCAUUGUUAUGUGGGAAGUGAUGUCAUACGGGGAAAGACCAUAUUGGGGAAUGUCGAACCAAGAUGUCAUCCAUGCUGUGGGAACUGGCUACAGGCUCCCAGCACCCAUGGAUUGCCCGCAAGUUCAACACAAGCUCAUGCUAGACUGCUGGAAGAAAGACAGAAACGAGAGACCCAAGUUCUCCCAGGUUGUUGCAACCUUAGAUCGGAUGAUACGUGAACCAGAACAAUUGAAAGUUAUAGCUGGCCAUGAUAAAAACCGCAACGGUUGCUUAUUAAACGAGCGUGGAAGUUUACGAAGACCGUCAUUCCAAGGCCCGAAUGGAAUUUCCGAAACGAUGACGCUUCUCAUGGAUGACCGCACACGGUGUACGUCAUUGCUACGUCAUCAAGUACCCUCUUCACUUGGCGUGUGGUUGGACGGGUUGGGACUUGGAAAUUAUAAAGAAAAUUUUGUUUCUGCUGGCUACUCGUCGUUGGACCAAGUCCUACAGAUGUCUCCAAGCGAUCUAGCAAGCCUUGGAAUCGUGGAGACAAACCAGCAGAACGCCGUGAUGGAAAGCAUAUCUUCAAUCAGAUACAAAACCAACCCUGGAAGGAAACCACCUCAGUAUAGAGACGAACGGAUAACUGGUAUCCCUGUUUAGGGGAAGUACCCAUGUAUUGCAAUCGUACUAAACUUUCCUGGCAUGAUGUUUCCCAACGAAGCCGCAGUGGCUUGCUAAUCUUUAUCAGCCGACAAGUGGAACAUAACCCUAAAUGGUAGAUGCUGCAAUGUGAAAACUCCGACGUAAAUACGUUCAAAAAAAUCAGGGUUGUUUUAUUGAUGGAGCAUGGGACGACGGGUGUUGAUGACUAAAAUAGGCAACUGAUCAUGAAAGGUUGAGAAACAAUGGGAUAAAAUCUGGGUACCACGUACAAUCAUAUAAUGGACAUUUAUCGUGCUGUUGGACUUUUAUUUUAUGCAUUUAAAGUUUAUAAUUUAUUUCUGUUCUACUUUUUUCAAGGCAAUCUUUCCUAUGGGUACAUUACAGUUUAAACGUUAUAGUAUGUUCUUGCAGUGUAUUGGCAUUCAAAUGCAUUUAACUUAAUAAUUUAACUGCUCCAAAAAUUGUUACCAAAUAAUUCAUGAUUUAAUUUCCUUACACUUACAUUACUUUGUAUGAGUAAGAAGUGGUUAAACCGUAACAAAAGUUACAGAUGGCAAACUCAGCCAAAUGUUUUGUCUUUAAGUUUAAAUAUGUUGUAUUGCAUGGCCGAAAUUGCCAGUGAAAAAAAUAAGGUUUAUUACUCGUUUCGGUGUAAUUUAUUGCGUAAAACUUAAACCUGCAUUUAAACACUGUGCUGAAUGUAAAAACGGAUAUAAAUAAAAUAAAGUAAUCAUAAA